AGCAUGACGGACCACGAGGUAGCAAUACAAACAAAGAAUCGUGCCCUCACCAAAGAUUUUGCCCAACUAUUUCUCGAUGCUGAAAAGGAAGGAUUAUUCAAGCCAUGUUAUUGGAGAAUCGCAUGGGGAAUUUUUGAGCCGAUUUUAUUCUGGUAUUUAUCCUACCAAUUGAUCUUCUCAUCAAACAUUUUUCUGAAGAUUCUUGGCUGUAUUUUCAACGCCCUUGGCUCCGGUCGAGCCGGAUAUACGAUGCAUGAAGGUGGACACCAAUCCCUGACUGGAAAGCCCAAUGUGGACAGGACGAUUCGUAAUUUGCUGUGGGGAAGUUUUUGGGGUUUAUCUGGCUGGUGGUGGACUCGAACGCAUACGAAGCAUCACGCAAUGCCGCAGCGUCUCGAGCACGACCAAGACUUGGAAACGUUGCCAUUUCUUCUCUAUAAUUCUAAAAUCGCAAAGGACCCCAAGCAAGCAAACUCUUUCUUUGUUUUGAACCAGAGUUGGCUCUACUUGACUUUUCACUGUGCAAUGUGCAACCUGAUAUGGGUGAUAAACAGUUGUCCCAUGUUCAUGAUUAAGCAAAGGGACUAUUUCGGCUUUGCUGUAACAGCAAUACAUUGGGGCCUUAAUUACAUCAUGAUACCCGACCUGCCCAGUUUGAUCUUCAUAUUUUGGAUGAGAUCGACCUACAUUAUUGGAAAUUUUGCUCUGGCACAUUCACAUCGUCCAGUCACGGGAGAACCGACGCAUUGGGUGGAGUACGCGUUAACGCAUACGGCCAAUAUUCAUCCUAGUUUGAUCGUGGAUUGGUGGACAGGAUAUUUAAAUCUUCACAUCGAACAUCACUUGUUUCCAACGAUGCCAGAAUUUCGAUUACACAUGGUGCAAGACAGGGUGAAAGCGUUGGCGGAGAAACAUGGCCUCCCGUAUGAAAUUGAUUACUACUUUGAAUCUUGGAAUAAGACUAUUCAGAAUUUUAAGAAGGUUGCGGAAGAAAUUAGAAGUUCUACGUAAAGGUUUGAAUACUAUUUUGUGACCAAUUCGAUUUCUUACAAAUUUGUAUCUUCACAAAUGUGCUUUUCUUUCUGAAAGAAAAUACUCGGUGAAUAAAACAUAAUUGAGAUGCAA